UCUUAUAAUUACCUAACUGUUGACAGUAUGAAUGUGUACAAGUUUAUUGUUUUGGCUUUUCUAUUUUGCAUCAUCUACGCGAAAGAUGAACCGAGAUUCUUGGUGUAUGGUACGAAUGUGACAGUAGUAGUGGGCCGGGACGCCGCACUUACCUGUAAAAUUGAAAACUUACAGAACUACAAGGUGGCAUGGUUACGAGUGGAUACACAGACCAUUUUAACCAUAGGUCCGCAUGUAAUUACAAAGAACCAUCGGGUAGGUGUCAGUCAUGGGGAUCCACAGGCGUGGGCCUUGAUUUUAAGGGACGUACGGUUUUCAGAUAGAGGUUACUACAUGUGUCAAAUCAACACCGACCCUAUGAUUACACAGACACAUCAUGUUCAGGUUUUUGUGCCUCCAGAUAUAGUCGACUCUGGGAGCAGUGGCGAGGUAACAGUACAUGAAGGUGAUAAUGUUACGUUGUACUGUUCCGCCUCGGGUACACCCCAACCUACCAUCACCUGGAGAAGGGAAGACUCCACCGAAAUAAGAAUUGAAGACCAAAAUGUGACCAAAUGGAGUGGCGUUUGGUUAAACAUAACCUCAGUGGGGCGUGAACUCAACGGAGCCUUCCUCUGUAUAGCCACUAACGGAGUCCCCCCUUCGGUUAGCAAGCGGAUUCUUCUACAUGUAUUAUGCGCCCCCUCCGCUAGUAUGAUGCAGAAGAUGAUAGGAGGUUAUAUCGGCGACACCGUACUACUACGAUGCAGAAUUGAAGCUAAUCCAAUACCAGACGUUUACUGGACUCACAUUGAUGAAAAUAAAUUGACAGAUCACACUAAAUAUCAAACAAGCAUAAUAUCAGUAAGUUAUAAACAUACAGCGACACUCAAGAUUAACAAUAUAUCUCGUGAAGACAUUGGCCCAUAUUAUUGCUACGCGGAGAAUUCGCUUGGCUCUACGCGAGAUGACGUAACACUUUAUACUCUUGUCCCAACAACUGUGAUAAGUUCUACAAACAUAACGGAAGUUAUAAUCGAAGAACCGACGACGCUCAUUACCCUACAUCCAUAUGCUGAAUUGGAAAUGAAAGAGGCUGAUCCAGACAUUUUUUCCGUUGAAGACAAUUUUGUUGCAAUACUUAGUCGACAUCAAAUGCAAAAUUUAGAUCUAUCGCCAAGUUCGUGACCAAAGAACAAUGAAGACCACUGGUAUUUGUGGUCAGCCACGCCAAGAGUUUCAUCAUCUACAUGGACAAUUUAUGCAACUCUAUCUAUAGCCUACCAUACACAAGAGUGCAAUUCAAUGUUGUAAGGCAAAUGAUCAUAAUUAAU